AUGGCGGCUGCUGUGACGGGUGGCAGACACCAACCUGGAGAACCAGCUCCCUCCACCAGGUCCCACCGUAUGCCUCGGAUAACAAAGGCUUGGAGGCAUCGUGGAAGGAAAGGCAAGUUUUGGGCAAAGGAGGAGUAUGCUCCUGCCCCUCCUGACAUGACACGAGAAAAACUAGCGACACAAGAGUCCCGGUCCAAAGCACCUGGAACCAAGGAAACACCAGAGAGGGAGGAACCCAGCCCCGUCAGCGCUGGUCAGGGCCAGGGUGAACCAUCCACCCAGGGCUCAGGUGAGUACCCCAUGGUGGAGAGCGGUCACCCUCCUGGAUAUCCAGGUCCCUCCAGUGUCCAAAACAUUCAUGAGACCUACAAGUUUAAGGGGUUGUGUCUCAAGAACAAGCCCUCCAUGGCAGAGGGGGAGCAGGUUGCUCUCCUUCCUGAGGCCAUGACAGGAGCUGGGGAACAGUGGGAGUCCGGGACGAAAGUGCCUGGACCCAGUGAGAUGCUGGAGAGGGAGGAGCCCAGCCUUGUCAGCGCUGGUCAGAGCCAGGGGGAACCAUCCACCCAGGGCUCAGUCGAGUCCAUUGUGGUGGAGUGUGGUCACCCUCCUGUGGAUCCAAGUCACUCCAUUGUCUGGGACAUACCCGAGACAUGCAGGUCUCUGGGGCAGCGUCGCAAGAAGCCCUCCAUGGUGGAGGGGGAGCAGGCUGCUCUCCUCCCUGAGGCCAUGAGAGGAGCUGGUGAACAGCAGGAGUCCAGGGGGAAAGCUCCUGGACUAAAUGCGACGCUGGAGAGGGAGGAGCCCAGCCUUGUCAGCGCUGGUGAGGGCCAGGGUGAACCACCCACCCAGGACUCAGGCGAGUCCAUCGUGGUGGAGAGUGGUCACUCUCCUGGGGAUCCAGGUCCCUCCAGUGACCAUCAGGACCCUCCUGAGAACUGCAAGACUCGGGGCCCGAGUCAGAGGAAAAAGCCCUCUGUGGCCAAGGGGGAGCAGGUUGUUCUCCCUCCUGAGGCCCCAAGAGGAGCUGAGGAACAGGGGGAGUCCAGGGCAAAAGCUCCUGGACCCAGGGAGAAGCAAGAGAGCGAGGAGCCCAGCCUUGUCAGCGCUGGUCAGGGCCAGGGUGAGCCACCCACCCAGGGCUCAGGCGAGUCCACCGUGGUGGAGUAUGGUCACCCUCCUGGGGAUCCAGGUCCCUCCAGUGACCACCAGGACCCUCCCGAGACCUGCAAGUCUCGGGGCAGGCGUCGGAAGAAGAAGCCCUCUGGGGCCGAGGGGGAGCAGGCUGCUCUCCCUCCUGAGGCCCCAAGAGGAGCUGAGGAAGAGGGGGAGUCCAGGGCGAAAGCUCCUGGACCCAGGGAGAAGCAAGAGAGGGAGGAGCCCAGCCUUGUCAGCGCUGGUCAGGGCCAGGGUGAACCACCCACCCAGGGCUCAGUCGUGUCCACCGUGGUGGAGCGUGGUCACCCUCCUGGGGAUCCGGGUCCCUCCAGUGACCACCAGGACCCUCCCGAGACCUGCAAGUCUCGGGGCAGGCGUCGGAAGAAGAAGCCCUCUGGGGCCGAGGGGGAGCAGGCUGCUCUCCCUCCUGAGGCCCCAAGAGGAGCUGAGGAAGAGGGGGAGUCCAGGGCGAAAGCUCCUGGACCCAAUGACAAGCCAGAGAGGGAGGAUCCCAGCCUUGUCAGCGCUGGUCAGGGCCAGGGUGAGCCACCCACCCAGGGCUCAGGUGAGUCCACCGUGGUGGAGUGUGGUCACCCUCCUGGGGAUCCAGGUUCCUCUAGUGACCACCAGGACCCUCCCGAGACCUGCAAGUCUCGGGGCUGGCGUCAGAGGAAGAAGCCCUCUGUGGCCGAGGGGGAGCAGGUUGCUCUCCCUCCUGAGGCCAUGAGAGGAGCUGGCGAACAGGGGGAGUCCAGGGCAAAAGCUCCUGGACCCAGGGAGAAGCUAGAGAGGGAGGAGCCCAGCCUUGUCAGCGCUGGUCAGGGCCAGGGUGAGCCACCCACCCAGGGCUCAGGCGAGUCCACCGUGGUGGAGUGUGGUCACCCUCCUGGGGAUCCGGGUCCCUCCAGUGACCACCAGGACCCUCCCGAGACCUGCAAGUCUCGGGGCAGGCGUCGGAAGAAGAAGCCCUCUGGGGCCGAGGGGGAGCAGGCUGCUCUCCCUCCUGAGGCCCCAAGAGGAGCUGAGGAACAGGGGGAGUCCAGGGCAAAAGCACCUGGACCCAGGGAGAAGCCAAAGAGGGAGGAGCCCAGCCUUGUCAGCGCUGGUGAGGGCCAGGGUGAACCACCCACCCAGGGCUCAGGCGAGUCCACUGUGGUGGAGUGUGGUCACCCUCCUGGGGAUCCAGGUCCCUCCAGUGACCACCAGGACCCUCCCGAGAUCUGCAAGUCUCGGGGCAGGCGUCAGAAAAAGAAGCCCUCUGGGGCCGAGGGGGAGCAGGCUGCUCUCCCUCCUGAGGCCCCAAGAGGAGCUGAGGAAACAGCGGGGAGCCCAGGGCGAAAAGCACCUGGACCCAGGGAGAAGCCAGAGAGGGAGGAGCCCAGCCUUGUCAGCGCUGGUCAGGGCCAGGGUGAGCCACCCACCCAGGGCUCAGGCGAGUCCUCUGUGGUGGAGUGUGGUCACCCUCCUGGGGAUCCAGGUCCCUCCAGUGACCACCAGGAUCCUCCCGAGUCCUCCAAGUCUCGGGGCAGGCGGCAGAGGAAGAAGCCCUCCGUGGCCGAGGGGGCAGCAGGCUGCUCUCUCUCCCGAGGCCACUGA